AUGGCGCUGAGUCCCAGCUCCGCCAUCCUGCCUGCCACCAGGAUUCCUCUUGGAGGACAUCUGUCCUGGAUACCCGGGGAGGCUGCCAGGGCCGGGGCUCUCACCCCGCGGAACCUGCAGUGCCGGAGCUGCACCACGGAGCGGCGCCGUCCGCCCGGCCACGCGGGGCGCGCCCGGGGACAUCACCCACCGCCGCCCGGGGACAUCAACACCCACCCGGGGACAUCACCCGCCGCCGCCCGGGGACAUCAGCACCCACCCGGCGACAUCAGCACCCACCCGGGGACAUCAACACCCACCCGGGGACAUCACCCGCCACCGCCCGGGGACAUCAGCACCCACCCGGGGACACCAACACCCACCCGGGGACAUCACCCGCCACCGCCCGGGGACAUCAGCACCCACCCGGGGACAUCACCCGCCACCGCCCGGGGACAUCAGCACCCACCCGGGGACAUCACCCGCCACCGCCCGGGGACAUCAGCACCCACCCGGGGACAUCACCCGCCACCGCCCGGGGACAUCAGCACCCACCCGGGGACAUCACCCGCCACCGCCCGGGGACAUCAGCACCCACCCGGGGACAUCACCCGCCACCGCCCGGGGACAUCAGCACCCACCCGGGGACAUCACCCGCCACCGCCCGGGGACAUCAGCACCCACCCGGGGACAUCACCCGCCACCGCCCGGGGACAUCAACGCCCACCCGUGGACAACAACACCCACCCAGGGACAUCACCCGCCACUGCUCGGGGACAUCCCCUGCGACCACCUGGCAACAUCAACGCCCACCCGUGGACAACAACACCCACCCAGGGACAUCACCCAUGCACACCCAUGGACCGCCCACAGGGCUGCUUCGAGCUGGGAGGGGGUGGUUGUGCAGGUGACCCCACACCUCAGUUAGGGACACACACACCCCCCUGA